UGAUAAGAAAGAUAAGGUAUAAACUUCGAAUGGAAGCAAAACAUGACUGAUUUUCCUGCAAUUAUUGCUGUGAUCUGCCUGUGUGGUAUUGGUGGGAUUUCCUCCCAGACAACAUGUGAUGAUGUAGAUACCACUGUAUGUCAGAAGUUCCAGGAUAACCGUGAUAUCUGUGUGGACCCGUGUCUGUCUAAACUGUGUCCCAGAACUUGUGGAACAUGUCCAUUAAAAUGUUACAAAUGUGAUUCCGUAUCUAACGUACAGGACUGUAAUACUACAUUGGAGUGUCCCGCAAACAAUAUGUGCAUUGUCACUGAGUCCUUGGGAGCUGAUUUUUCUAUGACGUAUCGUUUAGGAUGUGCAACCAAUGAUGUGUGCUCGCAAUUAUUUGGAUCCGCUCCUACUGGAUCGUCUCUGAUUGUUGGAAAGAGAGCACCCGCAAAGAGAGCAAAUUUAAAUGGUGACUGUUGCAACACAGACUUGUGUAAUAGACACUUUCCUACACCGCCACGGGUUAUGCCAAAUGUUACAACAACCAUGGAAAUGAUGACGACUACUGUAAUGAUGACGUCAACAACAGAAGCUUCCAAUCUCAAAUGUAUGGAUAUUGACACAUCAGCUUGCCAGAGGCUAUUUAGUCUCAAUAAAGCCAUGUGUAGUGAUCCUUGUGUGGUACAGGCUUGUCCAAGAACGUGUGGGCAGUGUUCGGAAUGCUAUUGGUGUGACCAUGUUAAGAAUCCUGAACAAUGCAACACAACCACGCAAUGUGAGAGAGAAGAGACUUGCUAUGUAUUGGAGACUCUUUCAUACAGUGGAGAACAUUCUUACAAUGUUGGAUGUAUGCAUCAGAAGGUCUGCAGUCAGUUCCAUACCCAAGCUAGUCAUGUCUUUGGUAAGAGAGCAGAUCCGGUCGAACUGUCUCUAGAUGGCGACUGUUGUUCAGGUGACCUCUGUAACCAUCACGCCCUGACCCAUGUGACUGCUACUACUACUGCCGCUCCUACAGACAUGUGUGCCUACACAGCUGCUAAUCACCACUGUCCUACAAACUUCCAUCUCGUAGAUGGUAAAUGUUACAUGAUUGGAAGUACUGCUCUAAAUUACGAUGAUGCUAUGAAUUUUUGCAAGACGCACUGUUCCAAACUGGCCGAAAACCUAUCACGCGGAGAUUACAUAGCACUUGAACAUUUUGUAAGUGGAAGGAGUCACCUAUUCAUUGGAGCUCGUGAUCCACGAAAGAAUGGCGAAUUCGUCUGGAACACCAGUGGCAGACAUGCAGGUACCUUAAACUAUUUUGGAGCCAUAUUAGGAGUACACAAUCCCAAACCAUGUGCAAGUUUCUCUCCAGUCCGCCCAGGUCUCCAUGCUGAAGAUUGUACUGAUUCUCUAAGGCCCCUGUGUCAGGCGUCUAUGAAAUAA